AUGUUUGUGACAUUUUCGAAUAACUGUCAAACGGUGUCACCUUUGUUAGAUCCAAAACUGUUACCGAAUUUUUCUUGAUUUCAUUAAUAUUUCUGUUAAUUUAACAGUUAUAUAUAGUUUAAAUUUAGUCUAGAGAUGGCUGAUCAAUCUAAAGAAGAUAAUGGAGAAGGUUUAAAACUUAAGAUUGAAAAUAAUCUCACUGAUACACGAAAUUUAACUGACGAUUUGUAUUCGUUCUCUGAAAGCCUUAUUGAUGACCAAAGAUCGAUAAUUAGCACUUUUGAACUAUACGAUUUGGAACUAGAGAUUAGAAAAUUAAAACGAACGUUAGAAAACUGGAGGGAGAUUGUCUUACCACUGAGUUCCGUGUUAAAAUGGGAAAAGAAUUGGUAUCCCGGAGCUGUACUGGGUGGUUCCACAUUGCUUUUUCUUGUAUUAUGGUUAUUAGAUCCAAGCAUCCUAACAACAUUCUCUCUCUUGGGAUUAACACUGACAAUAAGUGAUUAUUUAGUACCAUUAUUAAUAUCCAGUAUUUACAAACCUGACUCUUGGACAGCUAAAAAAGAGAUGGAGUUUGAAGGGAUUUGUAGAUCACUUGUUAUAUACAAAACAAAGUUGCAAUUUUCUCUUAUUACAUAUUACAAAAUGAGAACAGAUCGCCCCAAAUUGUUCUAUUUGUGCACCAUUGUUACAUUGAUUUCUAUGGCUUAUAUUGGAAAUUUGUUCAACAAUUUGUUUCUGACGUACAUAUUUAUUACAUCGACUUUGCUUAUUCCCGGAAUGUUGCACAAUGGAAUGCUGCAAAAGUAUGGAGCAAUUAUUACACAAGCGUUUUCUGGCAUUGCAGACAAUUUAAAAAACAAAGUUGGACAUGCAAAAAAGGAAUAAACACAUUUUGGAUUGUUUGAUUCUUUCCUUUUAGUUAAAAAAUGUAUUUCAUCUUUGAAAUGUAAUUUUCUUUUCUUGCGUGUUAGCUUUAUGAUGAUGAAGUGUAUGUAUGUAAAUUUGGAUUGAAAAGUACAAAAUGGAGACUGAUUAACGUGUUUGAAUAGUAAUGACCAAUUACUAUAUACAUGUACCUAUGAUAAUUUGUCAACUGUUACAUUUACUUUUAGUAAUUACUUAUUAGUUUAAGUAUUUGUUUGUCACUAUAUAUUGAAUUGUUAAAUAAAGUCGUGUUGCGUG